GUCCACAACAAGGAAAUCAAGUACCGCAAAUCAAACCAGUAAGUAGCAAAGUGACAGAAAGGCUUGGUGACCAUACAGUGUUUUGUCGUUUACCUGCAGCUUGUGUUCGGAAGAUAAAUACUUUGGGUGACAAUGACCUCGGAGGUUUUCUCUUACGAGAGUUUGGUGCACGCCGUGGCAGGAGCAGUGGGAAGUGUGACUGCUAUGACAGUGUUCUUCCCUCUUGAUACUGCCAGACUUCGUCUUCAGGUGGAUGAAAAUAGAAAGGCUAAAUCAACCCCGGCCAUACUGGCAGACAUUGUCAGAGAAGAAGGACUACUAGCUCCCUACAGAGGAUGGUUCCCUGUCAUCUGCAGCCUGUGCUGCUCCAACUUUGUCUACUUUUACUGUUUCCACUGCCUCAAAGCCAGCUGGCUGAAGGGGAGGCCAUCGGCACCCAGCACCGACCUCAUCACAGGGAUAGCUGCAGGUGUUGUAAACGUAUUAGUUACCACACCGUUGUGGGUAGUCAACACCAGGCUGAAGCUUCAGGGCUCCAAGUUUCGCAGCGCAGACAUCCAUCCCACCAACUACUCUGGGAUUCUGGAUGCGUUUGUGCAGAUCGUCCAGGAUGAGGGCGUGGGAGCCCUGUGGAACGGGACCUUUCCGUCCCUGCUGCUGGUGCUGAACCCCGCCAUCCAGUUCAUGAUUUAUGAAGGCCUGAAGAGGCAGCUGAGGAAGGGAGUUCCCAGGGAGUUGUCAUCCGUGGAGGUCUUCAUGAUCGGUGCGGUUGCCAAAGCAGUCGCCACCACUGUUACCUAUCCCCUUCAAACCAUCCAGUCCAUACUCAGGUUCGGUCAGUUCAGAACGUCCACUGUGGAGUCAAGGGUACUAACGAGUGUGAAGACGAUCAAGUGUCUACUGGUCAACAGAAUGAGGAAGUACGGCAUGUUGGGUCUGUUCAAAGGCCUGGAGGCCAAGCUGCUGCAGACAGUGCUGACCGCUGCCCUCAUGUUCCUUCUCUACGAGAAGAUUGCCAGCUUUACUUUCAGAAUAAUGGGACUGAGCAACAGCCGCUUAAUGAAGCGCUAGCUGGCAAGACACCACAUGGUUCAGAACACUUUAGCACAUGAAGGCGAUGCCGUGUGAUACGAAUGGCAUCAAGCAUCUGCUUCCACACCCAUGAUUGGAGUUUGAUCUUUGUGCAAACCUGUCACUGUCUUGAAAACACUCUUCAAAACAUUACCUAAUGCUGCAGAGAUUCCAUCCAAUAAAUCAGUUCAAGCUUUUACUUUUGUGCUUUUUCUAACAAAAAAAAGUGUUUUUCAUGAUGUCGUGUUGUACUGAUUUAAAGUAAACUGAAGAAACUGAUUAGAAACGAUUACUGCUUGUUUUCCUAUUGUCACCCUUCUAGAAAAAAGAGAAAAAUCAGCACUAUUCUAAACUGAAAAGAAGCAGAAAUCCCUUUUGAUCCCUCUCAGCAUACACAACCUCCAUGUUGUUGUGUGUGGUGAAAAGGAUCAUUCAAAAACAGCUCAUGAUAGGGUACUGUCUGUCUCUCAUGUGUGUUAUACCUGCAAAGCUGAACAGAAGCUGCUCUGGAAAGGUCCCAAUAUGAGCAGCUUCCAUGCGUCUUUAGGUCGUUUGUGUUCAAUUUUCUGAUUAAAAUGCA